AUGGAGUCGAUCCUGUACGGGAAGCCUAUCCUCCAUAACGUCCUCACGUUAAGGACUCUGGUAGAACGGUUCAAGUCUUAUGCAGAACCACAGAAAUAUUCUGAAGACGAUCAGCUCCAAUUCGAGGAGAUACUACAAACCAUUGACCUUCUCAAAGGUAGUAUCGGGCAGAUUGAUCUUGCAAGGUCUAAUAUACAGACGCUUGUGGAUAAGAUUAAACUUGAUUAUGAUACCACGAAAAACAAAGAGGAUAGGAAGAACAUUCAACACCAGCUUGAAAGCAUCGAAGCAGAGACAAAUUUUUCAGAAGCGAUGAAAGAUGCUAUGGAACUUAGCAUCAUGCUUAACACUCGUCUUACCGAAGCGUACAGCAACAAAAAGCGAAUCGCCCGCAGAUUGGGAUUGACCAACAGGGACUAUCAUAACGAUAACCCUACUGACAUGACCGACUACCUGGACGAACCUAACAGCUCCACCGCCUUGCCCAACCAUCAGGAGCCGGCAUCCCCUUCAAUUCCACCCCCUCAACCACAGAAAUAUUCUGAAGACGAUCAGCUCCAAUUCGAGGAGAUACUACAAACCAUUGACCUUCUCAAAGGUAGUAUCGGGCAGAUUGAUCUUGCAAGGUCUAAUAUACAGACGCUUGUGGAUAAGAUUAAACUUGAUUAUGAUACCACGAAAAACAAAGAGGAUAGGAAGAACAUUCAACACCAGCUUGAAAGCAUCGAAGCAGAGACAAAUUUUUCAGAAGCGAUGAAAGAUGCUAUGGAACUUAGCAUCAUGCUUAACACUCGUCUUACCGAAGCGUACAGCAACAAAAAGCGAAUCGCCCGCAGAUUGGGAUUGACCAACAGGGACUAUCAUAACGAUAACCCUACUGACAUGACCGACUACCUGGACGAACCUAACAGCUCCACCGCCUUGCCCAACCAUCAGGAGCCGGCAUCCCCUUCAAUUCCACCCCCUCGU